AUGCAGAUCAACCUAGUCGGCCAGAGAAAGCAAAAACUCCUCCUCCUCAGCUGCCACCAAGGUGCUUGGUCCUUCCGAGGAAGCCAAGGCCGAGUCGGGGUGAGGCCCUCACUACAUCCGGUGACUAGCACAGCGUCCGGCAGCGUUAGCCUCACCCUCACCCUCACCACGGCCUCCGUCUCCGAGCUCGCCUGUGCCUACUCGGCCCUCAUUCUGCACGACGAUGAGGUGACCAUCACGGAGGGUAAGAUCAAUGCCCUCAUUAAAGCAGCCGGUGUAAAUGUUGAACCUUUUAGGCCUGGCUUGUUUGCAAAGGCCCUGGCACAUGUCAACAUUGGGAGCCUCAUCUGCAAUGCAGGGGCCGGUGGACCUGCUCCAGCAGCUGGUGCUGCACCCACGGGAGGUCCUGCCCCCUCCACCGCUGCUGUUCCAGUUCAGGAGAAGAAAGUGGAAGCAAAGAAAGAAGAAUCUGAGGAGUCUGAUGAUGACGUGGAUUUUGGUCUUUUUGACUAAGCCUCUUUCAUAAUGUGUUCAAUAAAAAGCUGAACUUAAAAACAAAAAACUGCUUCUUAA